AUGAUUUGGAUUUGGACUCUGUUGGCGACCGUUGGUGCGGCCACAAGUGUCGAUCAGCUAGUUGGGACAUGGACGACUAAAUCACAGCAGGUCCUCACGGGUCCGGGAUUCUACGAUCCACUCAAUGACCGACUGAUCGAGCCCGACCGCACUGGUAUUUCCUACUCGUUCGAUGCCGAUGGAAACUACGAAGAGGCGUUCUAUCGCGCCCUGGCCAAUCCCACCGACCCUGAAUGUCCUGGUGGUAUUCAACAGUGGCAGCACGGCACCUACAUGCUGUCUGCCGACGGUUCUCUAGUCCUGCACCCCAUUGCAGUGGACGGUCGUCAAUUGCUGUCGGAACCAUGCAGACAAGAUAUUGGCGCGUAUACCCGAUACAACAACACCGAGCACUUCAAGGGCUUCGCUGUAUCCGUCGAUAAAUUCAGCAAAGUUGAACGACUCGACUUGACCAUGUUCACCGGGGAGAAGAUCCAACCCUUGUACCUGGCAUACCGACCUCCCAAGAUGCUUCCCACAAACACAUUGAACCCUGUGCCUACCGGCAAAAAGAAGCGUGACCUGUCUGGAACUGUAAUCCAUUUGGCCAUCAAGGAGGAAUUGAUCAAUCCGGACCGGUGGUGGUGGUUCGGUGUGAUAAUGACCUCCCUUGGAGGGUUGGCCUUCUUCUUGUCUUAA